AUUUGCUUGAGAAAAGUUCAAAUGGAAUGGAAUUUUUAUGAAGAGAGUUGGAAUGCACGAUCAUUCUCUUUUCACGAAGUCUCUUUUUACCAUGUGUGUCCUAUUCGCCGUAAACUUUAUUUCGGAAUCUUACGAGGAAGGUAGCGACAAAGUAACAACAGACUAUUUGGUCGUUUUUCACUCUUUCUACUUGAAAAGUCAGCGUCAUCAUUUCAUAAAUCACUCAAUUGAGUUGCAUAACAGAAAUUCUGCAGCUCGCAUUCGGUUCAGUUUUGUCGAUCGAAACAAUCGAGCGUAUGAAUCUAUUCCAAGUGACUUUGAAAUUGUACGCGUUCUGAAAGAAGCCGAAAAGUUUUCACUAGCGUCACUUAAGCAUCGUCUAAUAAAAUCAGUGACUUUUGAUAGGGUUAUAAAACUGAAUUCAAAAACGAAGAAAACUCAUAGAAACUCCUCAUUUAGUUCACGCAGCCUGCUGAAAGACGAUUCAAGUUCGUAUGCUUCUAAAAAAGACUACCCAAAAUACCUUUCAGAUGCUCGAAGACUGCAUAAAGUUGGUGAAACGGGAUCGGGGGUUUCAGUUGCUGUGUUUGACACAGGAAUAACAAGUAGGACUAAGUACUUGGCCAAUGUGAAGUCGAAGAGUCAAUGGACAGAUGACAAGAAAAGCACUGACAUGGUAGGUCAUGGUACUUUUGUAGCCAGUGUCAUUGCUUCGACGGAUCCGAAAUGUCCAGGAGUUGCACCGGAUGUUGAUAUCCACAUUUUCAAGGUGUUCAAUAAGAAAAAAAUCUCGCGAACAUCCUGGUUUCUGGAUGCAUUUAACUACGCCAUUUCCAUGAAAGUUGACGUAAUCAAUUUAAGCAUCGGUGGUCCAGAUUUUGAGGACCGUUUGUUUGUUGACAAAGUGUCCCAGAUUGUUGCUAGUGGUAUUGCGUUUGUCUCGGCUAUAGGCAAUGACGGGCCCGUUUUUGGAACUUUGAAUAAUCCUGCGGAUCAGGCGGAAGUUAUUGGCGUUGGAGCUGUCGAUCAAAAUGAUGUCAUCGCUUCCUUUUCAUCUCGGGGAAUGACAUCUUGGGAGCUUCCGAGCGGUACAGGAAGAGUUAAGCCGGAUUUGGUUGUCACUGGAACUGACGUUCGAGGUCACUCAAUUGGAGGAAUUUGCACAACCAUGCGAGGAACUUCAGUGGCUUCUCCGAUUGUUGCUGGGUCUGUUGCAUUGCUCAUUAGCGCCGCAAGGCGAAGAUCAUUGAUUGCAAACCCGCCUUUGAUUAAGCAAAUGAUUACUUCGUCAGCAGAAAAGCUCCAAAAUUCUAGUAUGUGCGAGCAAGGAAACGGGAAGCUUAACUUAAUCAGUGCGUUUGAAAACCUCAGAUCCAUGUCUCCUGAUAUAACAUUGUUUCCGAGUGAAUUGGACAUGACUGAUAAUAGUUCGUACGCGUGGCCUCUGAAUGCGCAGUCAAUUUACUUCACAGGAGCACCAACAAUGGUUAACGUGACAAUAACAAAUAGUAUGAACAUUGAUUCCAGAAUGAUACUUGUGCCCAUUUGGAGCCCAACGACGGAGAGUGCGCAAAAAGUAUCCAUGAGUUUUGAUUAUCCAGCGGUUUUAUGGCCUUGGGGAGGGUAUCUGGGAAUCCGAAUUAGUGUUCUGGUAAGUGCGAAAAAUUUCUCCGGUAUUGUUGCUGGUUUGAUUCGUUUGAACAUACACAGCAAAGCUAUUAACUCAGGUAUGCAACUGAGGACUGGCCAUGAAGUGGUUCUUCCUGUAAAACUAAAGGUAAUUCCGGCUCCGAAAAGAGAUAGACGUAUUUUAUGGGAUCAGUUCCAUAGCUUGAAAUAUCCAAAUGGAUAUUUUCCAAGAGAUGAUCUGAGCGAUAAACGUGACAUGUUAGAUUGGCACGCAGAUCACCCGCAUACGAACUUCAGAUCUGUUUUUGAUCUACUAGUUAACGCGGGAUUCUACGUAGAGAUAUUAUCAAGCAGUUUAAACUGCUUCGACGCUACGAACUAUCAGACAUUGAUUAUAAUAGACAGUGAAGACUAUUUCACGACUUCUGAGAUUGAAAAAUUGCAUACAGACGUAACAGAAAAGGGACUGUCAGUGUUUGUUGUGAGUGAAUGGUGGAAUUUAGAAGUUAUGGACAAGAUCAAAUACUUUGACGAAAACACAAGAAUGGUUAAGGCACCGUUGACUGGUGGAAGCAACGUGCCCGCUCUGAAUUGGCUUUUAAGUAAUUUUCAAGUGGCAUUAUCAGACCAUGUCUACAACGGACAGGUGAGCUUUGGAACCGGAACAUUCGAACUGUUUUCGGCUGGCAGUAUUUUAAGCUUCCCUGAGAACGGUUAUCUUCUAAGAGCGAAUUUGGAAGAUGAAGCAGCGCAUGUUUUGAAUGAAAAACGAAGACUAGUUGAGGGUGUGCCAAUAGCAGGAUUUGUGGAUUUAAACACACCUAACUCAGGUCGUUUGGCUGUUCUAACUGAUUCAAGUUGCUUGGAAGAUACUCGUGAUUCGAAGUCUUCGAAGAAGUGCUACGAACUAUUCCUUGAUAUGCUGAAUUACACUACAAUGCGAACUUUGAAUGAGACAAUUUUCGAACAGUUCAGAAGGUCGAAUUUGAACAUUGCGAAACCAACAACUUCUAAAACUAAUUUGGAAAAAAGUGAACUAAUUUUAUAUUCAAGAUCAAAGCUGCGAAAUUCAUCGGGUGUCUUUGAUAGAUCACCAAAUUGCCCUUAUGUAGAAGAAUGGCUAUCAGUUUCAAAUAACGAAGUGCCAAUUAGCCGGGCAUUGUAUGAAAACAUGAAAGAACGGUUGGAGUUAAAUUUGAGCUCAUAUGUGCGACUUUCGACUGAAAAUGAAGCGUCAGUUCUUUCUGGGUUGUACGACGGAAAGGACAUAAAUGUGACUUAUUGGAGAAAAUAUCGCCCGUACAAUCAAAGAGUGCUGGUCAGUGAAAGCCAAAAUGAGUUGACCAUUUUGCUAUCAAUAGUAUCUUUAUCUUCUUUAGUCAUCGCCGUGCUUCUAUUCCGUGCAAUCAUUUUACGAAAGAGAAAGUUCAGAGUUUUUCUCAGACGGGCGGCUAGAGCUGUUAGCAGACUUAUUUUAUCAUAGUUUUUUUAAAUGGUUAGUCAGAUAAUUAUUUAGUUGAAUAAAC